CUUUCUUGCAGUUUGAUUACCUGAGGAAAAUACUAAAAAUAGUUCCGGGAAAGGACUCUCCAGUCUCCUCAAAUUACAUAGUUAACAGGUCAAAACGAGUUCGGUGAUCGGUGCACGUGCUCUAUACGUUCUUGCUUUUGAGAAUAUUUUUUUCAUACCCUGGCUACAUUGAUUCUCAUAAUCAAAACAAUUUCUUAUCAAGUUUUCGAAUGAAAUUUUCAAGAAAUUGAAAAAGAAACUAGUUUUAGCCAGAAUUUCACGAGUAAAUUGUUUAAUUGUUUAUCUUGUUAUUACCACGUUAAUGGAUCUCCAGAAUUUGGACCUUUGUGAAGAAAGAUAUCUCCAUAGAAUGGAUCAGUUUCGUAACCCGGACCUCCCUGACCCUGACGAGUUUUCGAGCAAGAUUCUGUGUCAUUGUGAAACUCUGAAACAACUGUUGGGAGAGUUGCCUUUACCAAGUCCUCCACAAGACGAAAUCGUAGAGAUAUUGAAGUCAAAUGUUCAGCUGUUCGCAGCGUUUAUUGAGUUGGAAGCUGAGCCACUGGUUGAUAAUGUAUCAUUGAACCAGCAACCGAGUCACAAAAAUGUAGACGAGUCGCGAAAUGGAAACGAAGUUCAGCAUCCGUUACGUGAACCAAAUUCUUCGCUUUUCGGAAGACCGGAUUACCUCCCCAAAGAUGAAAAAAGAACAGAAAAUUAUGAAAAACCGUCAAAAUCCGAUUCUGAUUUGAAAGUUACCAGUGAACCUCCGGUUACGAUUAAUCACUCACUCAUUCUCACACACAUAACUGAUCGAGCUAAACGAGUUAAAUCACAACCUUCCUGUCCUUCAUCUUCAAUUGUGGAAAGUUCUGCUGCUUCAAAGGUGCCAUCUCUAUUGGAUUUGCAGCCUCAGCCAGACAAGGCUGCUUCAGCGGUGUCAGUGUCUACUUUGCCAUCUCUAUCGUAUUCGCAGCCUUAUCAGCCAGUCAGGGCUAAGAACGUUUUUCUACCGAAGCAGAUGGAGAAUUUCGCUAAAGAAUACCAAAGAAUUUAUCAAUUAGAUCCGAAAUCAUUAUUGCCAUUCCAACCUAUUAAUAAGUACCCAUUUAAAUACGCUGUGGCUCAGUACACAUUCUUUCAUGGUGACGUUUCGCAAGUGUUAUUUGUUCGUAACACUCUAAUGCUCGGUGACGGUUAUGUUUAUGGCGUUGGUAAAAUUACGUCGAAAACUUACGGUUCUACUUUGGACCCAUUGUUGUACAACAGUUCUUUAUCGAUUUCACAGCUCGCGGAGGCGAUCAGAAGGUUUCCAAGACUGCCAGCUAAAGUUUUGUUAUCUAUUGGUAACUACGAUGGUCUGUACUGCAAUGACAUUUACGCGGUUCGUCGCCAGUAUUUAGAUUUGUUACAGACUUUGAGGAGUCUUGGUGUACGCAGACUACAUGUACUGCCGCUGAUGAAUGUUCCUGGUGCGUCACCUUACUAUCAGGCAGUAGCUGAAAUGGUAAUGUCAGAUUGGUCGACACCUUUCGGCGGUGAAUAUGCUUGCCAACAUAUUCUUAUUCAGAAAGCACUUAUCUGCGUACCGAAGCCAAAACUUGGAUUUGAUUCGUUACAAAACGAUUGGCGUAAGAUUGUCGAGGCGAUUCGUAACUAUUAUAUAACCUGCGAGCGUAAAUAACCGUAACUCUAGUCGUACAGAAAUGUGUUUUUGUUGUUUUUAAAUGUCCUCAUUUCUUUGUACUGUGUAACUUUAUGCUGUGAGAGUUUUGGACAAUUAUAGACACCAGUUUUGAUCUCGAUGCGUCGGAUUGAGAUCCGGAGCUACAAUCCGAUCGAAAUGAGCAAUUUAUUAUGUAGAUCAAAUAAUUCGUCGAUAUCAAUUAUGAAAAUGAUGAUACGAGAAUCGAGUAUAAUGUAAAAAAUUAAAUAAUUGACGAUGUAAAUUUUAUAUGACGAAUGACGAUUUGUUAUUAAUUCGUUCUAUGUUCCUAAUUAGAGGUGUUUAUGUAUAUUUUUGUUUUCGAACCAGGUUUUA